UGAACGUGCGUAUUUGAGAGCGCGCACAGAAGCGGGCACUCGCACUCCGGCUCUGCGUUCAGUCCCAAGCGCUUCUGACCGUCGCUCCUCUGUGGAAAUUUAUCUGUUCAAAGCCCGACAACCCCAAAAGCAGCCAUGGAUGCCAUUAAGAAGAAGAUGCAGAUGCUCAAGCUCGACAAGGAGAACGCCUUGGACAGAGCUGAGCAGGCUGAGGGAGAUAAAAAGGCAGCGGAGGACAGGAGCAAACAGCUUGAAGAUGAUCUGCUCGCACUGCAGAAGAAACUGAAGGGCACUGAGGAUGAACUCGACAAGUACUCUGAGGCUCUUAAAGAUGCUCAGGAGAAGCUGGAGUUAGCUGAGAAGAAAGCCACAGAUGCUGAAGGUGAUGUGGCAUCCCUGAACAGACGUAUCCAGCUGGUUGAGGAGGAGCUGGACAGGGCACAGGAGCGUUUGGCCACUGCCCUGCAGAAGCUGGAGGAGGCCGAGAAGGCAGCCGAUGAGAGCGAGAGAGGCAUGAAGGUGAUUGAGAACAGAGCUCUGAAAGACGAGGAGAAGAUGGAGAUUCAGGAGAUCCAGCUGAAGGAGGCCAAGCACAUCGCUGAGGAGGCCGACCGCAAAUACGAGGAGGUGGCCCGUAAGCUGGUGAUUGUUGAGGGUGAGCUGGAACGCACAGAGGAACGUGCAGAGCUCAACGAGAGCAAAUGCUCAGAGCUUGAGGAAGAGUUGAAAACUGUGACCAACAACCUGAAGUCUCUGGAAGCCCAGGCUGAGAAGUACUCACAGAAAGAAGACAAGUAUGAGGAGGAGAUCAAGGUGCUCACUGACAAACUGAAGGAGGCUGAGACUCGCGCUGAGUUCGCUGAAAGGUCCGUCGCCAAGCUUGAGAAGACCAUCGAUGAUCUUGAAGACCGACUCUACCAGCAACUAGAGAAAAACCGCCUGCUCUCCAACGAGCUCAGAAUGGCCUUGAAUGAGGAUUAAACUAGUCUGGACUUUUGUUGCUCGUCACCAAAUGGUGUCUAAAAUGAAUGCUGAUGUGGCUGAAUGUUCAAAGAACGGGUUUCUGUAACGGUUACACUUUUGCUGCCUUCAUGUCAUGCAAGAUCGUGUUUAGGAUUUACAUUUUUCACAAUUACGAUUGGUACGUCAUGUUUUGUGCACUAUUGAUACCUCUAAAUGCACCACCAUUCAGAAAUCUGGAAUUGAACAUUUUAUAUUUAGUCAUUUAGCAGAUGUGUUUGUUCUCAAAUUUCGACUUAUAAUGAGGCAUUUAGGUAUUCAGCAAGAAGAGGCAAUACACACAAGAAGUGCUAGUUAUACAAAGGAACUGUUAGUUUGCUAGAAUAAAAAGUUUAAGUGGGGCAUAUAGAGAGAAGAGUGUUUCUACAGGUGGUUUGGCAACCCCACUCACAUGUGUAAAGCUCACUUCAUAAAUGUGCUGUUUUUUAUAGAUAUGAAAUGACUAUAAAAAAAGUAUCUUAUGCAAAAACUGCUGCAAGUAUCGAUGCCAGAGAGAGAAAUAAUGUUUUCUACAGGUGGUUUAUCAAGCCCACUCACCUGUGUGAGGCACACUUAGAAUUGAAUGAUCUGAGGUUUUGCAUACUAUUUUAGUUUUCCACAACAUUAAAAAAAAAGAUAAUUGUGACGCAAAUCUCAGCUCAAAUUGUAAAUAUUAAAGUUUGACAUUUAGCACAUGGCGCAAAAGUAUUAAAGACAUGUCCAGAUCCAGUUUUGCUAUUUUAAGGACUGAAAAUACAGUCUGCGCCUCGGCACAUGAUCUAACAGGGUUGUGCUUAUUCUCUUAAUGAGUUAUGGGA